GUAUAAAUUAUUAUAGUUCUCUCUUUCUUUCCGACAAUCGAAUUACAGAGAGAGAAAAAAUUGUAACCAGGAAUUGUAACAGAGAGAAACCUUCCAGGCCCUUCAACAAUGGCGGAUUCUAGGGUUUCUAAGGGUUUAAGGUGAUGGAAAUGCCUGGAAGGAGGUCGGAUUACACGCUUUUAAGCCAAAUUCCCGACGAGGAGGUUGGAACAGGAGCUUCCACUUCGUUUUAUGAGUCAUUAAUAGCCGAUGGAAACAUUAACAAGGGAAGGGCCGAUAGAGUCUUUGAUUGGGAUGGGAGUGGUGAUCACAAGAUAAACACGCAAUCGAAUCGGAUAGGGAACCUGUAUUCAUGGAUUGGGUCGCAGAGGCAUUCUAGUGGAAGCAGCUUCGAUGAAAGCUCUCUUUCCGGGGACUACUACGCACCUACGCUCUCAAGCGCAGCAGAAAAUGAGAUCAACGCAUUGGGAUAUAUCCAGGGUGAUGAGCUAAGAGUAAAAGUGGGAAGUGGAGGUUCGUCAGGGAAGAGCUGGGCGCAGCAGACGGAAGAGAGUUAUCAGUUGCAGUUGGCCUUGGCUCUCAGGCUGUCUUCAGAGGCCACGUGCGUCCAUGAUCCCAACUUUAUGGAUCCGAUGCCAGACGACGCAGCGUUAAGAUCGUCGUCCAGUUCAGCUGAGGCCAUAUCGCAUCGAUUCUGGGUAAAUGGAUGCAUGUCAUACUUUGAGAAAGUGCCAGAUGGUUUUUAUCUAAUUCAUGGCAUGGACCCUUAUGUAUGGUCUUUGUGCACCAAUCUGCAAGACCAUGGCCGUAUACCAUCAUUUGAAUCUCUGAAGGCAGUUUAUUCCAGCAUUGAUGCUUCGAUUGAAGUAGUUUUGAUAGAUCAGAAAAGUGACCCUAGCUUUAAGGAACUGCUAAACAGGGUGCAUAAUAUUUCUUCUAGCGGUUUAACCACAAAAGAAGUUGCAGAUCAUUUAGCAAAGCUGGUGUGCAAUCAUAUGGGGGGUUCAAUUUCCAAGGGAGAAGAUGACUUGGUUUCCUCCUGGAGGGAAUGCAGUGAUGACUUAAAAGAAUGUUUUGGAUCUAUCGUGAUUCCCUUGUGCAGCUUAUCUGUUGGCCUCUGUAGACAUCGUGCUCUUUUAUUCAAAGUACUGGCUGAUUCAAUUGAUUUGCCCUGUCGAAUUGCCAGGGGCUGUAAAUAUUGUUCUAGAGAUGAUGCUUCAUCUUGCCUUGUUAGGUUUGGGCUUCAUAGGGAAUAUCUCAUUGAUCUGAUUGGGAAGCCAGGUUGCUUAUGCGAACCUGAUUCUUUGCUCAAUGGUCCAUCAUCCAUCUCAAUUUCUUCACCAUUGCGAUUUCCAAGACUAAAACCUAUUGAAUCUACCAUUGAUUUCAGGUCACUGGCCAAACAGUAUUUCUUGGAUAGUCAAUCACUUAAUAUUGUAUUUGACGAAGAUUCUUCAGGGAAUGUUGUAUCUGGGAAGGAUGCCCCAGUUUCUGUCUAUCAAAGGCCAUUUAAUAGGAAGGAUGUAGAUGGUAAAAACACAGUGCUUACUGGUGACAGUGAUGAAAGUUCUCAGUUAUUGAACCCAAAAACUUCUCAACCAAGUGCUACAGAUAGAAAUUCUGAGCAAUUUAGAUCACGUGAUACUUCUCAAUAUAGUGUACUGUCUACCUCUUUUUUCGAAAAAGGAGUCCCUAUAAACCUGACCUCGCAGAUUGGUUCCAGAGAUUCUCAACCUCUCUUAGCAUUGUCUCAUCUAAGGACGGAUCCUACUAGCAAUUUAUCAUUUGUUGAGGGUAGUCAACUGGUUAAAAAGCCGAAUGAGCUCUCCCUUGGGAUAGAAGAUUUAGUUAUUCCAUGGCAAGAUCUUGCUUUGAGAGAGAAAAUUGGAGCAGGUUCUUUUGGGACUGUAUAUCAUGCUGAUUGGCACGGCUCGGAUGUUGCUGUGAAGAUUCUGAUGGAACAAGACUUACAUGCAGAACGUUUUGAUGAAUUCCUUAGGGAGGUGGCCAUAAUGAAAAGUCUACGACAUCCAAACAUUGUUCUCUUUAUGGGUGCAGUCACCGAGCCUCCAAACUUGUCCAUUGUCACGGAAUACUUAUCAAGAGGUAGCUUGCACAGGCUUUUGCAUAGACCUGGGGCAAGAGAAGUAUUAGAUGAGAGACGUCGGUUGAACAUGGCAUAUGAUGUUGCAAAGGGAAUGAAUUAUCUUCACAAACGUAACCCUCCAAUUGUUCAUCGUGAUUUGAAAUCUCCAAAUCUUUUGGUCGACAAAAAGUACACAGUAAAGGUUUGUGAUUUUGGGCUUUCACGCUUAAAGGCAAACACAUUUCUUUCGUCAAAAUCAGCUGCUGGGACGCCCGAGUGGAUGGCACCAGAAGUUCUCCGUGAUGAGCCGUCAAAUGAGAAAUCAGACGUUUAUAGCUUUGGUGUUAUACUGUGGGAGCUUGCUACAUUGCAGCAACCAUGGAGCAACUUGAACCCAGCGCAGGUUGUGGCAGCCGUUGGCUUUAAAGGCAACAGGCCUGAGAUCCCACGUGAUUUAAAUCCUCGAGUUGCUACAAUCAUAGAGGCUUGCUUUGCCGGUGAGCCCUGGAAACGUCCAUCCUUUUAUGAAAUAAUGGAAUCUUUGAAGCCGUUGAUCAAACCUACUACGCCUCAUCAAGUUCGCACAAACAUGCAUUAGUUACUUGAGGGAACCCAAGGGAGGACUCAGUUUUGUUAUUGUGAAAAACAAAGUUCUCACAAGGUUUGUCUGGCAGAUUAAGAUGCUGUUCAGAUAGAUUCAGGUUCAUUGAUGUACAUUAAUUUCUUCGCUGAAAUUGGCUCCAUUUUUUAGGCAAUCCAAGUAACUGCCUUCAGUUUUGUUGACACCCAUGCUCCCCGCUUUACCACCAAAAUAUACUUGCCCUCUCCAGUUGUAGAAUGUCAUCCCCCUCCUUUGUGCAAAUAUGUAGAGUAUGUGACCACCGUGGCCAAGUCAAUCAGAAGCGGCCCACUCUGUCCACAGUUCUAACAGUUCCCUCCUGUACAAAACAAAUAUUACUGAAACAUUCUGUUGGAGGCAACUCAAAUACACAGUUUUACUACAAAUCUGUUGAAUUGUCUCAUAUUAAUACACUGGGGUGGCAAAAGCCGCCUCAAAUUCUUUAGCAGUCAUAUCAGGUUUGAAAUCUAGAGAAUGUUUAUAGUUCAUACUGUACAACGAUGUAACUUUCAAUAGACCAUUUCCACAAUUUUUUUGUA